AUGUCUUCCAAACUCAACAUUGGCGUCGUUGGCAUCGGCCGAAUGGGCCAGCGCCACGCCCUGAAUCUCCUCCAUCGUGUCCCCAGAGCGCGUCUCCUCUGCGUGUGCUCCCCGGCACCACAUGAAAUUGAAUGGGCAGAGCAACAGCUUAAGCCCGAGGGUGUACAAGUCUUCACAGACUUCCAGGAUAUGAUUCGCACUCCCAAUCUCCAGGCCGUGGUGAUUGCCUCCCCAACAAAUUUGCAUAUCAUGCAUACACUAGCCGCCAUGGAGCGGGGCAUCCAUGUCCUCUGCGAAAAGCCGAUCACAACCGACAUCACUGAGCUGCAAUCUGUCAUCGAGACAACUAAGAAGACCCUCGCCGCCAGGUUAAUGGUCGCCUUCGUCCGUCGGUUCGACAAAAACUACGCCGACGCCCGCAGAAAGAUCGAGGCCGGGGUCAUCGGCAGACCACUCAUUAUCCGCUCGCAGGGCACCGAAAAACUCGAUAAAUCCGGGUAUUUCAUCAACUAUGCCCGGGUGAGCGGUGGUAUCUUUGUGGACACUGUCAUCCAUGACAUAGACCUGACAUUAUCCUUCUUCGGGGACGAGGUCAUCCCCAAAUCCUGCUAUGGGACGGGGUUGAUUUCCCACCACCACGAGAUGACAGAAUUUAACGAUGUUGAUAAUGCCGUGGGUGUUGUUGAAUUCUGGGAUGGUCGGAUUGCGUAUUAUUAUCAUUCACGAACGACACUGCACGGAUAUGACAACUGUACGGAGAUCGUCGGGACUGAUGGCAAGAUUGGGAUAAAUCUGAUCCCGACAAUGAAUAAGGUGCAGGUCUCGGGCCCAAAUGGGAUUGUAUCAGAGGCGCUUCCGAGCUGGAUGGAUCAGUAUGAGGAGGCGUUUGUAACAGAGUUAGAUGUCUUCGUGGAGGCGAUCCUCGAUGGAAAAGAGUUUCCCUUGAAGAUUGAGGCCGCAUUAACGGGGUUGAGAAUUGCACAGGCGUUGCAGGAGAGCCUCGUCUCGGGGAAGAAGAUUGAAUUCAAUGAGAGCGGGGAGAGGAAAUGA